AUGACGUGGACCUGCACGGCGUGUGAGUUCACGGCCAAUGAAGACGGCCAAGAGGCGUGUGUCGCCUGUGGCUCCGAGCGUCCCGAGGAAGAAGAGCCGCCGGAAGCUGUAGCUGAUCUGAGCAACGGAGACGGCGCGGUGCCUGAGGUCGUGGUGAUCGAGCUGCCUGCCAAGGAGAAGCUCGGCGUGAAGCUGAUGCCGCCCAAAGACGGUGUGAUUAACCACGGGUUAGCGAUCGACAACAUUAACAAUCCGUUGCUGGAGAACAAGGUGCAGGCGGGCGAUUUGAUCGUCGCGAUUGGCGGCCAGAGCGUGGACGGCAUGGGGUUUUCCGACGCGAUUGACUUGAUCCGGAAGAUGCCGCGGCCGUUGGCGAUCUCCUUUGAGAUUGACGAAGUGCGGCGUCAAGAAGUCGUGCGAGAGAAGUUCCAGCUGAACAAAGACGACGACCUGGACACGCAGCUGACGACGUAUGCCGUCGUGUUUGAUAAUGGGCCCAUGGGAUUGAAUCUAGAAGAAGCCGUGCGAUACGGUAUUGACGGAGCUGUGGUCCGCGCAUUGAAAGGCCAGGCGAAGACGAGCGGCAUGAUUACGAUUGGCGAUAUCGUGUACAAGGUAAACGAGACCGACGUGUUGUGUAUGCCGUACCUUGAAGUCAUGAACGUCCUGCGCAAUGCGACGGCCCCGAAGACGUUGCAGUUUGUACCUAAAGAUAAGCUGGCAGAUGUGCAGCGUGUAAACUCUCGUCACUCCGAGUCGUUCCGGCUUCGUGAGUCGACGUCAAACGUGAAGCAAAAGCUCAUGAAUAACCCACGCAUUGUCAAGGACGAUGGCAACGACGGUGACGAUAAUCAGUCUAUUGCACAGUUGAUUCUGGAUAAUAAAGCAGCGACGAUCAAGAAGGGGCGUAUGUACAAGCAGGGACGUGUGAUGCGCAAUUGGAAGUCGCGAUACUUUGUGUUGAGUGUGUCAAAAGUGGAGUAUUUCAAGAGCCCGAGCUCAACAGCAGCGCGCGGUGAGAUGAGCUUUCUGGAUCACCGCUGUACCGUUCGUUCGCUACCUGGAACAGGUGACGUGGUUUGUCGAUCUCCAAACGUGACAGCAGAGUAUUUGCUCGAGCUCCGCGUGGAUGAUCGUCGUAUGGUGAUGGCCUGUACAUCAGAAUCGGACAAGAAAGGCUGGAUGGAUGCGAUCAAGUUGGCUAUCGAUGCCUCAAAGACUGUCAAUCGCACACAGAAUCUUGGGGAGUCGCUGCGCGAAGCCAAGGCGUUGCGAACACAGCGCACCGAGAGUGUUUCGAUGGAUGGAACGUUCUUGGACCGCAAUGCCGGUGGACGUCUUUCGCAGUUCAACUACGAUGCAUUUUCGACCCCUGUCAUUCACGUCGGUGUUCUGUCUGCGACUAAUUUGACAAAGUCAGGCAGUUCCGUGAACGCACUUUGUGAGGUCACUGUAGGGGCAGAGACUUUUAAAACUUCCGUGGUGAAGAACCAGCGUUCGCCGGUGUGGAAACAGGACAACUCAGCCUCCUUUGAAGUUCCGAGCGAUGAGAUGGUGGUAGAGGUCCGCAUUUUCAACGAGCACUUGUUCCGCACCACGGAGCUCAUUGCAACGCUUUCGAUUCCGUUGAAGUCGCUGCCGAAUAUGCAAAAGACGGCAAAGAAGUAUCCGCUAGCACUUGGCAGCCGUUCCGCCGGCGCUGUGCUAACCUUGUCACUGGAAUACGUGAACAAACAGAAGGCUUACGAAGAGGACCAAGAGCGCGGCCGUCUCGGUGAUGACCUGGACAGCAACGGUAUGAUGAAUGAGCGUGACGAAAUGGUCAAGAUUAAGGCCGAGGCUCAGAUGGCUGCCGAUGAAGCUACACAUCACGCUGCUCGAGCCCAGGAGGAAGCACAUAUGCUACUUGAGCAAUCUCGACAGAAGGCAGAAGCAGCUAUGGCUGCAGCUCGCGAAGAACAGCGUGAAGGCAAGGCCGCAGUGGAAAAAGCAAUGGCGGAAGCAGCUCGCGCAAAAGAAGAAGCAGAGAAGCAGCUUGCAGAAGCCAGGCGGGCUCAGGAAGAGGCACAAAAGCUGAUUGAGGCAAACCGUCGUAUUCAGGAGUCUGACGUUCAGGGGCCAUCGAUUUAUGGUGUGUAUCGGCGUAUGAUCCAAGACGGCGAGUCGAAUGACGCCGUCAAGCAGAAAAUGCAAGAGGAUGGUGUCGAUGAGUUGGGUAUCCAAGCGUUCUUUGACGGCAUCAACGCGUACGACGAGAAAAUUCGAGCGUUGCAAGCAGAAGUUGAAAAACUGAAGCGAAGCCGUUCCGGCCGACAGAAGGAGGAGCCAAGAGCCCAGGAUAUGCUAGCCAACCUGGACAUCUCUAGCGACCAAGUAAAGCUGCUCCGCCGGCUAUUGAAACUCGAGAAACAGUUGCAACAAGCUGGUAUUGCUGUUGCUGCUGAUAUUCCUUACGAAGAAGCUAUGGCAAAGGUGCAAGAAAUCUCUAGACGAAUGCAAGAGAUUGGUUCUGCUGAUGUGACGCAUCCGGAUGCAGCAAUCCAGAAGCAGCUUCGCGAAGAAUACUAUCGUUUGGAGCAGGAUAUGGAGAAGUAUAACACGGCCCUGAUGCUAACCGACGAGUAUGCUGCAGAAGAAGCGCGAAAGGAGCGUGAGUGGGAAGAGGAAAACUACGAAGAAAACGUGAAAGCUCUCAAGGCUGUACGCCGGAUGAUGCCAGUUGACGUGAAGAAGAUGUCGGAAGCCGAUUUGCAGUCAGUGAAAUCACCGAACGGCAAGGUACUUCCUCGUGAAGUUGCUCGGAAGUUUAAGCGAUCGAAUGUCUUGGAACUGAUUCGUAUGGACCCAGCGGAUAUUGCGAAGAACCACCCAUCGCUGCUGGAAAAUCUUCGUGUGACUGGUCUCACAGUAACAGAACGCCGAGCAAUGCACAUGCACCUACGCGAUGUAGCAAAGAUUUGGAAGACCCAACAGGGUGAAGAAAUGACGAAGAAGAAGUAUGAGUGGUUUAAGACUCUAAAGGAGACGUUUAAGACCGUUGUGAACUCAUACAACAAACACGUGAAGCAGUACGGACCAGCGGACAAUCAUCCGUAUGCCACGCGCGAUGACCCUGACAUCGGCUGUCCAAUGAUCGGUAAGCAGUGCCCGAUUAAAGCAAAUCAGAACCCUGCAUACGAUCAGGACCUCGGCUAUCCAGAUGGCGACGUGUACAUGGAAUCGACGGUACAAAAGGGUAAUCCCGAUGAUGCUGGUGCGCGAGCUUUGGCAGAAGCGCAGGAAUUGGCUCGAGCAAAGCUUGCUAACUCGCGUGCUGACGCAUUGAAAAAGCACUAUCGCAACGUGCGAAUGGUUGCAGAAGCAAACGGUGCAUGCGAAUUAAUCGACACAUCGCUGGAUCAGAUCGAGAAUCGGCAGUUGCAGUGGUUCCAAGCUAGACUUAAGCGCCGGCUCGAACGGACCGAGACUGCUGCAACAAUCAAGAUGGAGCUGGCUGAGUUUGGAGAAGUAGUGAACGAGAUUCGUUUGGUGAGCUUGAAAUUUGCCGAGCGGUCGGGUAUGAAUCUUUCUGGCAAGCGAAAUUUGGCGCUGGAUACGAAAGAUACGCGUUCUUGUAUUGAAUGCAACCUGAUCUUGCUAUACUGUGAAGCGGUAGUUGACUGUUUCGACGGUAUGGAUGAGCGGAUGGAUGAAGUAAAAGCAAGUGACAAGCGUUUGCGAUCGGCGAUUCCUGUCAUUCGGGGCUUGAUGAAGGAUUUGGGUGAAAAGAGUCAAAGCACUCUCGACUCAAUGAAGGACAAGGGCCCAGCAAUGACUCGCCGCGUGAAGACGAGAGUUGAAAUCAUGAAGGAAGCAAAGGAGAAGAACAAAAGUGCCGCUCCACCGGCAGAAACUAAACCGGCCGAGGAAGCUCCCGGCUCAGGUCGGGCGCCGCAUCCGCUGAUGGCUGGACGAGGUAGAGGACGCAGUGGCCGUGGUGGUGGUCGUGAUAAUCUUUUUGCAGCGCUCAAAGAACGUGGUGGUGGCGGCGGCGAUGAUGGGGAUGCUCCUCCAGCGGCACCUGUCAACUUCCUGGCUUCAAUCCGCGGUCGAGGCCGCGGUACUCCGGGUGGCCCGGGUCGUGGUGAUUUGUUUUCUGCAAUCAAGGGCCGUGGCGGCGGUGACGGCCCAGCUGGUGGACGAGGUGGUCUCAUGGCUGCUAUUGCUGCGCGAAACAAGGAGUAG